GACGUCAAUGAUAACAACUGUAUUGAAAUUAUUAAACAUUGUACCGACAACAUUCAUCUAUCAUGUUCUUAAAUGCGUUAUGUUUUCUUUUUGUUUUACAAAUACCUGAAAAUUCCAAUAUGAAGAAUAAGCCAUGCAAAUUUAUAGUGGAACGAGUACGGGAAUUGGUUGUUAACAGAGCAUUUGUUUCAUUGUUAAAUGAUUUUGAAACUUUGGAAUCGGAUAAAAUUCAUUUCAACAAUGAAGAUUUGGAGUUACUGACAACGAGAUGCAACGACAUGAACCCGGCGUGUUCCGUUGACAAGUACAUCGCGGUCGAGAAGUAUAAGAAAAAAAUGAGUGCUCUGCAAUGCACUAACAAUUUGAUAUUAACGUACAUUUUAAAAACCGUCAAUAAAUCGAUGCUCGCGAACGAACAACCGAUCAACGAACAAAUAUCGACCAUUAAAAUAUUCAAAACCCAUGUUGCCCGUAUGUUGUCAGUACUGUAUUACGGUCGUCAUAUUCCGGCUAGUUGGAUGAUUACGUUGUACAUCAAGCUGAUUGUCGCAUCGAAUCCGGAGUUAUAUGAGUUGGUCAUAAAUAAGUAUUAUUUUAGACAAGGGUACCUACUAAAUGACAUGAAAAAUUAUCGUAAUGAGUGUGAAAUAGAUCAUUUAGUUCCGUCUCAAAACCAGAACAAGACCACAGCUAUUGGUGAAUAUAGUGAAUAUAGUUAUCUUGAUUUUAUAGAAAUCUCUGAUCGGUUGUAUUACAACAUCAAACUUCGAAAGACCUAUAAAUAUGCAAUUUUGUUCAAACCGCAAACGUUAACUCUAUCUUAUUUAUAUGACCGACGCUACUUUAAUAAAGUAUUCAAUCCCGUAAAGCUCUACAGCACAUCAAACAAAAACAAUAAAUGGUCUUACGAAACACAUGACUUCAGGUACCUGUUUACCACUAAUCAAUGGCCAGAAGUGACAUUCAAAUUUAUGCAUUAUCAUUUGAACUUUCAACGGGCUGUGUACACAAACGUAUUGUAUCAUGUAUGGCUUCAUUUAAGAUUUCACCAGUUAAAGGCAGUUAGAUGGUGUAGUUUUGGGCGGAGACACCACAAUUUGCAUCGUAAAGAAAAUGAAAAUUGGGCUCUUCUUGAGGAGCCGUUAAGAGAAGCGAUAAAUGUUUUAGACAUAGAAGAUAAUGUAUUAAUAUCGUUGUUAAAAACAUUUGAAGAUCCUGACGGUAAAAAUGUCCAUCUUGUUAUUAUAAAUUUUUACGAGAUGGAGACAAGGCAUAUUCUUGCGACUAACUUUUUCGAACUAAACAUGUCCAAAGAGAUUAUUCGUAAAAUAUUAACACAUAGAAAAGAUCGUUUCAUUAAACCUCAAAAAAUUAUAGAUAACAUUACCUUGAUGUCUAAAUACAUUAACUAUAUUAAGCAAUUACUAAUUCCGAUUGAUAGAAGUAUGUUUUUUAUAAAAUUUGUAAGCCAAGAUAUUUUAAAAAAAUAUGACCUAUAUUUUUUCCCUUAUUACAUAACAUAUUAG